UGUGGAAAUACAACUUGACAAGAAAUAAUUCGAUUGACUAGUUCUGAAUCAACUGGGAUGUAAACUAUGUGGGUAUUGGUAGUUUCUGUGCAUUCAAGAAGAAAACGAGAUGUAAAGUUUAUUGUUAUGUGAGGUGGGUUGGUGGGUGUAAAAAACGAGUGAAAGGUUCGAACGCUGAGCGAGCGUCGAACGUGGAGUACUGUGACAAGGCAGGAGCGAUGAGCUUAGUCACCACUCUCGCUCUGUUGGAACCUCGAUGCCGACUCAUGCUUCGACGGCAUCUGCAGUACAUACUUGUACAUUCGUGUGGUGCUGGGUGAGAAAUCGAUUUUAAACUUGGCUCCGCUCGUCGGCGCAUAAUUUUUCCACGCUUCCCACCCACAGCCUUAUUCUCACUGCUUGGGUCAUUUGGCCUAUGUAUAUGAAUGACGAGAUGGACUCUAGUCUCAUUUCUCAUCCUCCGCAUUGACGCAGAACUAUGGCCGACACAGACCAAAUCAACUGGAUUCGCGUAACUUCCACCCAUGAAUCCGUUCCAUCGUAUAACGCCUACACAUAUCCAAUUCAGAAACCGGACACGGACUACCGGGAAUAUAGGAUCAUCAAGUUGAGGAACGGGUUGAAAGUGACGCUCGUACACGAUGAGAAAGCUACCAAAGCUGCUGCUACUCUCAACGUCGCUAUAGGACAUCUAUCAGACUCGGAUGAUUUACCCAGUCUCACUCUACUUUGUUUCCGGAUGUUGUACAAGGGCACGAAAGAGUUUCCAAAGGAGAACGAUUUUAUCGACUUCCUUAACGUGAACCACGGAGGAUUCGAUGCAGAAACGGACGCUUCAAACACAACCUAUCACUUGAAUAUCACAGUAUCUCGACUUUCUGAAGCCCUCUCUCGAUUUUCGGCGCUUUUCCACUGCCCACUUUUCUCGAUAGAAUGUUUAACUCAGGAACUGAAGACGAUGACGUCCGAACAAACGGAUCAGCCGUUGGAUGCCUCGUUCCGUGUGCUCACUGUUCUCAUGCAUCUGUCAAAGAAUGGACAUGUCCUCAAACAACCCAAGUCCGAGAAAUCACUCGAGAAACUUCGGAAAUUAGUGGGAAAGCCGGAAGCUACUCCUUCGGAUUUAUGUGACGAUGUCGAGUUACUCAAAGAGAUACGAAGACGGUUGGUGGAGUGGUGGGAGAAGGAGUAUUGUUCUAGUAGGAUGGAUUUGUGUGUCGUUGGGAAAGAGUCGUUGGACGAGCUCGCGGAAAUGGUCGCAACGCGUUUUUCGCCCAUCCGUAAUCGGAAUGUGGUACCUCUACCCGUGAUUCGAGAUCAUCCUAUCGGGCCCGAUGAGAUUGGGCAAAUCAUUAUGAUACAAGCCGGGGCGGAUAUACCUCAACUUCAAGUGACUUUCGCGGUGGAGAAUCAAAGCGCUUUGUGGCGGCACAAGCCUGCUCUUCUGUUCUCUCUAUUGGCUGAACAAAAACGACAGGGUUCUUUACAUUCGUACCUGGAGGGUCGUCAUUGGAUUACUGCUCUCCGUUGCGCUCCACGUAGCCUUGCACGGGGAAUCGACACUCUGGAGCUUACAGUAGACUUGACAGACGAAGGUUUUCUGAACUACCGGUCGGUGAUAUUGGCAAUCUCCGAAUUCUUCUCUUUCCUACGAAGCAAAAGCCCACUCGAUGCUUAUCACCAGCGGGAUUGUGCAAGGCUGAUGUCGAACGGAUUUAGAUUCUCAGAGAACCAUCCACCAGAACCUCAUUCUCAAUUUAUAGCGGAGAGCAUGCAGCGUCCUUAUCCGCCAGAGUUGCUCCUUGCUGCUCCUCGGUCCAAUUGGGAAUGGGAGGACGACUAUACCGCGCCGAACGGCGAUGUUUUUGGUCCGGGGGAACAAGAAAAGUUCCACUCGUAUAUCGAGAUGGCUCGACUAGAGAACACUAGGGUCAUUUUGAGCGCUCGAGGAGACGAUUUUGAAAAGUUGGAUCAAACACUUGGGAUAUCACAGGCCGACUGGAAGUGGGAAGAGGAACCGUUGCGCAAUACUCCGUACAGAAAGCUUACCUUUGAUGCACAGUUCCUCGAUGCAGCAAUGAGAACUGAUGAUACUUCCGAAUUCUCUCUCCCCCCGCCUAACGAGUUUUUGCCAACCAAGUUCGGCGGUGCUGCACAGAACAUCACCAACAACGCACGCCCCGAACAAGUUAAGGAGACAUCCGUCCUCAGUUUGUGGCGAUUGCAAGCAGAUGUCCUCAAGACUUCGGUCAUUCUUGACAUCCGAAGCCCUGCUGCUGGGGGCACACUUCGCAAAGUAGUUCUUAAUAUGUUUCUCGCAAAGGUAGUCCAAGAUGCAUUAGUUGGCACUGUGUAUGCAGCGUUCUUGGCGGGACAUCAAUUCACUAUUCUCCCGACGUCAAACGGAGCAACCCUGUCUUUCUAUGGGUACGUCGACAAAUUACCUCUUGUGAUAGAACGCGUUCUGGAACAAGUGAGGAAUCUCUCUGUCGAUGCGAAGAAGCUGGAGGAAACGACUCAAUUGAUGAGGGCUGUUACUCUGAGCCGUCUUAUCCGACCUCCUCGAGCACAGUCUGACGAGUUUCUCUUGCAUUUGAUGUCCGAGAACGAUUGGACUGUAGAGGAGAUUGCGAAAGAGGUAGAUGCUGUAGUCACCCCGCGAGAAUUGCUCGAUUUCCAGGCUAACCUGCGAUUACAUGCUCGUAUACUCAUGUUCGUGCAUGGAAACGUUUCAGACGACGACAUUAUCAAGAUGGCAGACGUCGUCGAGGCCGGGUUUAUAGGCACACAACAAACGUUCAACGAGCUCGGACCUAAAACGCUCCUUCUACCACCUGGAUGCAACUUUGUACGGGUCGAAAAGAUUCCUGAUCCUGAAGAGCAGCAAUCUGCACUGACUUAUUAUCUUCAACUGGGACCCAUCAGCGAUCGCCGACGGGAUGCCACUGCUCUCAUCCUUUCACGACUACUAUUCAUGUCUCUAGCGAAUGCGUUGGCACAGAUUGGACGAGAUGUGCGAUGCGAGUUGUUGACUAUGCCCGGCAAAGUACAACAAGGACUCGUCAUAUCGCUGCAGAGCGAACAGACUCCCGAUUUCCUCGAGCUUCAGGUAGAAACUAUAUUGAAUGAGAUUAAAGGGUUCCUCGAGCUUCUAGGAGAUGGAGAUAUCAAAGACGUCAAACGAGUAUUUAAGGGCGGGUGGGAUCUACAACCGAAGAAUUCUACCGACCUCGCUAGUUGGUAUGAUCUACAUCUGUUGAAUGGAGCACUCGACUUUGAUCACGGGAAAUUCUCAGAGGAAGAUCUGAAGAAAGUUACGAUGGAGGAUAUUCGGUCCCUUUUCAUGUCGCAUAUCCAUCCUUCGUCGACAGUUCGAUCCAAACUAUCCAUCCACAUGAUAUCACAGAAUCCAACGCGGAUCAAGAGAGUCAGUGAUGAUGCGGUAGCAGCAUUCAACUCUCUACUGGAACAACAUAAAAGCCAACUUGAUUUUGAUGCCCCCCAGGUGUGUGAAGACGCGAAGAGGGUUUUGGGAGCGAACCCGACGCUUUCAGAGUUCAGUCGGUACUGGUCUUCUAUUCUGGACGAGGAGAAGGUCGAUCAUGAGGUCAUUUUGAAUCUGAUACCUACCCUGAUUGAGAGACAUCCUGCGAAUGGAGAUGGAGUUCAGAAGAUUGAAGGGGCUACGUAUAUUGAGAAUGUUGAUGGGUUCAAGACUUCUUAUCGUUCCGGGAGCUAGAUGUAUCCGUAUAUAUGAAAUUGUGUAUCAUCUAUCAUUACAUGAAUGCGAAGUGUCCUCCAAAAGAA